CUCCACAAGUGAUCAGAUUCAGUGGGGGAGAGCUCGUGAAAAAGGAGAGCACUUGUUUGCUGCUUAUCAGGUGAGAGAAGAAGACAUGGCGAUGGACGCAUAUGAUGGGGCUGUUGCAGAGCUGUCGAAGCUUAUCAGUGAAAAGGCCGGCCUCAAAAGCGUCGCCGCCGCCAAAAUCAACCAGAUAACGGCGGAGCUGGAGGCUAGUUCCAAAUCGGGGCAAUGCGAUCCGGUCGAGAGGAUGAAAACUGGUUUCCAUCACUUCAAGACAGAGAAAUACGAGAAGAAUCCUGAACUCUACAGUGCCCUUGCCAAAGGACAGAGCCCCAAGUUUAUGGUGUUUGCUUGCUCAGACUCUCGGGUUUGCCCAUCUCAUAUUCUGAAUUUCCAACCGGGGGAGGCCUUUGUGGUCCGCAAUAUCGCAAACAUGGUCCCGCCCUAUGAUAAGACCAAAUACUCCGGAGUUGGUGCGGCCAUUGAAUAUGCGGUGCUGCAUCUGAAGGUGGAGAAUAUUGUAGUUGUUGGACACAGCUGCUGUGGCGGUAUAAAGGGACUGAUGUCUAUCCCAGAUGACGGAACCACUAACAGUGAUUUCAUAGAACAAUGGGUCAAUAUUUGUUCAACUGCAAAGAACAAGGUGAAAUCAGAAUUUAAAGACUUGAGUUUUGCAGACCAAUGCAAGAAUUGUGAGAAGGAGGCUGUGAAUGUAUCUUUGGGUAACUUGUUGACAUACCCAUUUGUACGAGAUUCCGUUGUGAAGGGAACUCUUGCUCUAAAAGGUGCAUAUUACGAUUUUGUGGUUGGUACUUUCGACCUCUGGAAUCUUGAUUUCAAGGUCAUACCAUCUUUGACUGUAUAAGUUGCAUCAUCUUGCACAUUUCAGUAUUUCUGUAGGUUUUCCCUUGCAAUGCGUGUUAUACAUCUUCUAAACAACUAGUAGAAUAAAUCAGAAGGUUGCUUGCUUGAAAUGUAAUAUUUGUAUUUUCUUUUAUAUAUAGAACUUAAAAAACGUGGAGAAUAUACUUUUUAUUGUGUA